GCGCAGAGAUAGGAAGCCUAUGAGAAAGAGGCAAAGAGAACUCGACUUCCGGUCCCACUUCUCCGCAAAGCGAACCUUCUGGCACCCGCGCGUGGCGUCGCUUCCUUCGCCGCGGAGCCGACGAGAGACAGAUAUAUAAACUAUAUACGAUACCAAGGGUCCAGCUAGCACCACCAUGGCAUCUGUAGCCGACACAUCCCUGUUAUCAGCUGAGCUGCAGGAGGAGGAGGAAGAGGAGGAGUUCCGACGUCUUCUACUCCAGGCAACCCAGAAAAUCCAGAGCUUCAUGCCCUCUCCGGCAGAAUCCAAGCCUAUCCGUCCACUCCCAGGAUUCUGCCUUAAAACCCGCACAAGUUCCGGCGAGAAGGUCUUCGUGAACGUCUGCCGGUCUCCCCACAUCCCCCCACCUCCUGACCUGACCAACGAAGAGCUUGCCUGCCUCAUUGAGUCGGAGAACGCCUCCACCUUCAGGAUCCCCAUGAGCCUGGGAGAGCCCCACGCGGAAGUGGACAAGAGUGGCAAUGCUUGCACCGUCUAUGACGUAUCCAUCAGCACCACCUUUUACAACAAGAUGGAGAACAAUGACUUCCUCAAAGAGUUCUUCAUCACAAUCGCCAUGGAAGGAUUGUCGGAGAAAUACAAGAUGGAUGUCAACAACCAAGAAUGGCGGAUUCUGAAGAACAGGAAGUUUAUGGGCUCCAUAGCCGAGCAGACCAUCCGCACCAAAUCCAAGCCUUUCAUCCAAGAGAUGGAUAGCAGCCAAGUCAAGGAGGAAGGCAGGAACCUUUUGCAGCCAUCUGCGUCACAGAGCUCGGCCACAGUUCCUGAAUUCACCAUAGUUGCUGAGCCAUCUAUCAGCCACCCUGACCAUCUGGUCGCGAAAAUCAGCCUCCCUAAAAUGACCUCAGUAAGAUCUCUCGAGCUGGACCUGGGAGAGGACCGCAUUGUGUUACAGGGACACCCCCAGCUGUACCAUUUGGACAUCUUCCUCCCCUACAUCAUUGUUCCCGAGGAGAGUAGGGCCCAGUUCCACAGAGGAACAAAGGUCCUGACUUUACUGAUGCCCAUCCAGCGCCCCUUACUAUUGCCAUGAGCUGGAGGCGGAGGCCCUUCUUUGAGAUACCAGCCGGGGGAGGAAACAGCAGGGUGAAGAAGGGAGGUGCCGGGUGAGGGGCUGGACUUCCUGUCGAAGGAAGGGGGCUAGGUUUUGGUCAGGGUGGCAACUUCCACAAUGCAGACUGUGCACCUAAAUACGCACACACACAGCGGAAGAGAGUGUGUGUGUGGUACAUGUUGGAUGGGACCCAGGACUUGCCUCCAUCUCUCCUCCCACGAUUUGUGUUCUCAAACUUCCCUUUCCACCCACAACAGCUGCUGUUCUUUUUGGCUUUUUUAUUACCUCCUCUUUUUCAGUCUGUACAUGUGACCUGCUUGUCUCUGUUGACGCCUGCAGUCAGUUCAGCUCCGCUCUCUGUGUGUGUUUUGAAUCGGGACGGGCUCUGGGCCUGCAGACCUCCCCCGCUGACCCCGUGAGCAAAAAAUGGAGGACCUGUUCUGAGUCAAAACAUGCUGGGGUGAGAAAGGACAAAAGAAUCCUGUGGCAGAGGGAUGAGUUAUAUGUACACUUUGGGCUGCAGGUGGGGGACACUUUUUAAUGCUUUAAAAA